AUGACCAGCCACAGCACCUGCGGGAGCCCCUCUUCUGGGACUUACCCAGCCCUGCUCUGCACCUGCCCGGUGCUGUACACCUGGCAGGUCACGCCCCUCCUUCUCACGGAGCAUCGGGGCCCUCUGGCCAAGGAAAAAAGAGGCUGGACCCUGAACAGUGCGGGCUACCUGCUUGGUCCACAUGCCAUCGACAACCACCGGUCCUUCCAGGAGAAGCAUGGCCUUGCGGGCAAGCGGGAGCUGCAGCCAGAUGAUGAGGCCAGGCCAGGAAGCUACGACAGGCCGCUGUCUGAGAACAGCGUGGCGAGCAUGCUCAGCGAGUUUCUGACUUUCCUGCAGCUCAAAGAGGCCGGGGCCCUCGGGGACCUGCCCUCGGCCCUCUUGGUGGACGACGCAGAGCAGACCUGAGGAGUGGCCGGAGCACCCC